AUGAGCAAUUCCGCUCGGGCGCUGCAGGCCUUCAGACAAGCGGGUGUCGCUCGUCCUUGCGCGCUAGGUCGGAGCGCAGCAUACGCUCGUCGAGCAGCAUCAACAGCUUCAUCCUCCACCGCCACAAGGGGAGCGUCUGAAGAUGGGCAGAUCAAACACAUUCCUGCUUCUCUGGCACGCGCAGGACCUCGCGAAGCUACCUUGCCACCCGCCAGGCUCAAACCCGUCUCUCCUUCCCACUUCACAGGUCGACCGCAGUACAUCGAUGCGGUGCUCAAUCUCGAAGACCUCAUUCGACAAUCCAAGAGAGCUUUGCAGCAGACUUUUCUGGUAGAACCUCAUUCGACUCCUCCACCAUCUUCUGGAACGAGAUGGUUGACCAGGACGGAUCUGAGCAAUGCGCUCACUCGUCCGCUCAAAGCUUCAGAGUAUAGGAAUCUCACCGACCUCCUGACUACCCUGGGCAGAUGGUCUCAGCUUUUGCAGUCUCACUUUGCCAGUGGUCAGCAUGGACACGAACAUCAGUACUUGGCCGACAAGGUGGGCAAGACGCUGCAGAAGUUUGUCAGGAAGGACCAGGCGGCUGCUGUCGCGGAGACGCUUGAUAGGCCGGAGGUUACACGGGCUUCAAGUCAUGUGGACGAACUGGGUAGGGCUUACGCUAGAGGAAGAAGAAAGGAUGCGAGCGCAAGAGUCUGGAUCAUUCCGGUCAAGACAGAGGCGGAGACAGAGACUGCUGGUGCAAGCGGCUCUGCGCAAUCUGCCGCUUCGCCAAAGCCUGCGUUGGACCCGCUCUCGAUUCAAAUCAACAAUCGACCGCUAUCCCACAUGUUCACCAAUCCGAUUCACAGAGAAUCCGUCAUCUAUCCCUUGCGAUUGGCCUCUGCGCUGGGAGCCUUCAAUGUCUUUGCCAUCAGCAGGGGAGGUGGUUCGUCUGGGCAGGCAGGCGCAGUAGCUCAUGGAAUCGCCAAUUGCUUACUAGAGUGGUACAAGGAACAAGCGCGGUUGACGGGAGAUGCCACAAAGGUGAAAGAACUGGCCAAGCUGCUUCAUAAAGAUGGCAUCGUCCACAGGGAUCCUCGUGUCGUGGAAAGGAAGAAGACUGGUUUGGCCAAGGCCAGAAAGGCAUACACCUGGGUCAAGCGUUGA